AUGCGCGGUUACGAACAGUUUGUCGACGGCUUGUCCUACAACAGACUCAAGCUGGAAACGAUGUACGGCUCGGGUGGUCUGCUCGAUAAGCCCGUCACAAAAUCUCACAAGGAUACCGCAAACAUGAAGAAGGAGGACGUCGAUCUCAUCGUUGACGAACUCGAGAUCCCACGAAGCCAUGCAGAGCGCGAGCUUUCGCAAAAUAACGGCGAUGUUACGAAGGCACUGGAAUCGCUGAUAAAAGCAUGA